AUGUCCAAGGGAAAAGCAAACCAAACUCAUUAUGACAAAUUGAUGGGGAUUUUUACAGGAUAUAAUGAUGUCUUCAAUGCUUUGUACAGGCUGAAAACAAAUGACGAAGAAAAAUUAAACGCAAUUUACAAAAAAAUUGAACAAAACCUGAUCGACUCUUAUCGAAUUCCGCCUGGUGAAAUUAUCAAUAAAAUAUCUCAACUUUCAAUUUAUAACAACCGCUACAUGAAGUCAUAUUUAGCGAUUGCCAAACAAAUUGUUGACGAAUACCAUCUAAAUCAGGUCAACAAAAUCAACAUGGUUUUUAAUUACCUUUUCUACAAAGAAUACAAUAUUGUAUUGAAUGAAAACGGGCAAAAAAGUUUUAACGAUUUUGAAGAUGCUCAUUAUUCAUCUGAUAUUCACGAACAAAAAACAAUUCACAGAUCUAUUAUGGAUGAUGACAAAAUAUCAUUUAUAAAUUUUACAGAAGGAGAAGGAUUUGAUAAAAAUCAGAAAUUAAAAAGUGAUUUAUAUCCAUAUCCAAGAAGAGGUUUUUCGUUACUUGAAUUAUGUUGUUAUCAUGGAUCUGUUGAUUGUUUUAAGUUUUUAAUAACAAAAUUUCAAUCAGAAAUAACUCCAGAUUGUCUUAGAUAUUCGUUUUUGAGCGGAAAUCCAGACAUUAUGAAUGAAUGCUUGAAAGUACAAAAACCAGAUGAUGAAUGCAUGGAAUAUGCAAUAAUAUCACACAAUAUCGAUUUUGUUACAUUUUUGAUGAAUGAACACAAUAUAAAAAUUGAUUUAAAAUUGUGCUCUCAAUUCAAUAAUCUUCAAUCAUUUUUAGUUUACUUGGAUCAAACAAAUGACAUCAACACAUGUUUUGUUUAUUCUCCGAAUUUCCAUCUUUCAUCACUUUUAGAAUAUUUUAUUUCAAAUGGUGCAGAUAUCAAUGCUAAAGACAAAAAUGAAUGGACCCCUCUUCAUUAUGCAGCCAUGAAUAAUAGUAAAGAAACCGCAGAAAUUCUUAUUUCAAAUGGUGCAGAUAUCAAUGCUAAAGAACAUGGUGGGUGGACCCCUCUUCAUUAUGCAACCAGUAAUAAUAGUAAAGAAACUGCAGAAAUUCUUAUUUCAAAUGGUGCAGAUAUCAAUGCUAAAGACGAAGAUGGAUCUACCCCUCUUCAUUAUGCAGCCAGUAAUAAUAGUAAAGAAACCGCAGAAAUUCUUAUUUCAAAUGGUGCAGAUAUCAAUGCUAAAGACAAAAAUGAAUGGACCCCUCUUCAUUGUGCAGCUAGAUAUAAUAGUAAAGAAACCGCAGAAAUUCUUAUUUCAAAUGGAGCAGAUAUCAAUGCUAAAAACGAAGAUGGAUCUACCCCUCUUCAUUAUGCAGCUAGAUAUAAUAGUAAAGAAACCGCAGAAAUUCUUAUUUCAAAUGGAGCAGAUAUCAAUGCUAAAAACGAAGAUGGAUCUACCCCUCUUCAUUAUGCAGCCAGAGAUAAUAGUAAAGAAAUUGCAGAAAUUCUUAUUUCAAAUGGUGCAGAUAUCAAUGCUAAAGAACAUGGUGGGUGGACCCCUCUUCAUUGGGCAGCUAGAUAUAAGAGUAAAGAAAUUGCAGAAAUUCUUAUUUCAAAUGGUGCAGAUAUCAAUGCUAAAAACAAAGAUGGAUCUACCCCUCUUCAUUAUGCAGCUAGAUAUAAUAGUAAAGAAACCGCAGAAAUUCUUAUUUCAAAUGGAGCAGAUAUCAAUGCUAAAAACGAAGAUGGAUCUACCCCUCUUCAUUAUGCAGCCAGAGAUAAUAGUAAAGAAACCGCAGAAAUUCUUAUUUCAAAUGGUGCAGAUAUCAAUGCUAAAGACAAAAAUGAAUGGACCCCUCUUCAUUGUGCAGCCAUGAAUAAUAGUAAAGAAACCGCAGAAAUUCUUAUUUCAAAUGGAGCAGAUAUCAAUGCUAAAGAACAUGGUGGGUGGACCCCUCUUCAUUGGGCAGCUAGAUAUAAUAGUAAAGAAACCGCAGAAAUUCUUAUUUCAAAUGGUGCAGAUAUCAAUGCUAAAGACAAAGAUGGAUGGACCCCUCUUCAUUAUGCAACCAGUAAUAAUAACAAAGAAACCACAGAAAUUCUUAUUUCAAAUGGUGCAGAUAUCAAUGCUAAAGACAAAAAUGAAUGGACCCCUCUUCAUUAUGCAGCCAUGAAUAAUAGUAAAGAAACCGCAGAAAUUCUUAUUUCAAAUGGUGCAGAUAUCAAUGCUAAAGACGAAGAUGGAUCUACCCCUCUUCAUUAUGCAGCCAGUAAUAAUAGUAAAGAAACCGCAGAAAUUCUUAUUUCAAAUGGUGCAGAUAUCAAUGCUAAAGACAAAAAUGAAUGGACCCCUCUUCAUUGUGCAGCUAGAUAUAAUAGUAAAGAAACCGCAGAAAUUCUUAUUUCAAAUGGAGCAGAUAUCAAUGCUAAAAACGAAGAUGGAUCUACCCCUCUUCAUUAUGCAGCCAGAGAUAAUAGUAAAGAAAUUGCAGAAAUUCUUAUUUCAAAUGGUGCAGAUAUCAAUGCUAAAGAACAUGGUGGGUGGACCCCUCUUCAUUAUGCAGCCAGAGAUAAUAGUAAAGAAAUUGCAGAAAUUCUUAUUUCAAAUGGUGCAGAUAUCAAUGCUAAAGAACAUGGUGGGUGGACCCCUCUUCAUUGGGCAGCUAGAUAUAAGAGUAAAGAAACCGCAGAAAUUCUUAUUUCAAAUGGUGCAGAUAUCAAUGCUAAAAACAAAGAUGGAUCUACCCCUCUUUAUAUAGCAUCCAGGCGUAAUUACAAAGAAAUAGUAGAAAUCUUUAAUUUAAACAAGACAAAAAGGUCAGGUGAGUGGGGCUUCCAGGCGCGUUGCGCCCUCUAG